GAAAUGUUUUCUUUUUCCUCCAGAAAUGCCUAAAUUCUUUCUGUUUACAUUGGCCCUUGUCUGCACCCUGUCACUCGUGUGGAUCGAAACUGAAGCUAUGUCUACUGGACUUCGCAAACGUUUGGACGUUUUCAAGAAUGUGCAUGAUCACAUGCAAGCAUCUCGUAGUGUAAGAGAGGCGAGAAGAGAAGAAGAUGAGGGAGAAGAGGAUGAAGAAUACGAAGAAGAAGCUGAAGCGAUGUGGGGUUCAAGAGAAGAUGCUGAGAUGUUUCUUAGUAUCUUUGACCUCAACAGAGAUGGUAAACUGAGCAGAGACGAACUGUGGGGAUUCUUCGAGGCAUUAUCCUACACCGACAAAGAAAUUAACCAAUUAUUGGAGAAAUUCGCUUCCAUUGACACAAAUUCAGACUCCUUCUUCUCGGUUGAUGAGCUAAUGAUUGCAAUGCAACUAUCUCUGCUGUAAGGUUCACAGAAAUGACCAAUUUAUGGAAUUGGUAUCGAAUAGGUUGUCGAACUUAAGAAGAGAAACUAUAUAAUAUCUAUAUGAUAUCUAAUAUGAUAUCUAUAAGAUGUCUAUAUUUGUUCAAUGUUUUCAAUAUAUCUUAUGUAGAAAUUCAAUAAAAGUAAUAUCAAAACUGUAA